AUAAACAAGCGGCUGUUUGACACCUCCGCUCCAACCCUCAGAGGGACGCUCUCAGGUCAGCAGCUGGCUCCGGACCGGUGGACGGGGGACUCCCGGCGGCUAUGGCGAGCGGUGACAGCCCGGACACUUUUGAAUCGUUGCUCAAUCAUGCCACAGAUCCAAAUAACCAGGAAGACAGAUGGGACUGCAUUGAGGCUUUCUAUAAGCUUGUCACCCAAGAGGCUGAUGGGCCACAGAUAGCUCUUCGCCUUAUUGCCCAUAAGAUCCAGUCCCCUCAAGCGAAGGAGGCUCUGCAGGCCAUCACCGUUCUCGAGGCAUGUAUGAACAACUGCGGGAAGAGGUUUCACAGUGAGGCUGCAAAGUUUCGCUUUCUAAAUGAGCUUAUUAAAGUCUUAACGCCAAAGUAUUUUGGCGCGUGGACUCCACAGAAAGUUAAAGACAGGGUGACGGAGGUCAUCUACGGCUGGACCCUCUGGCUUAAAGAUGAACCAAAGAUUCAGGAAGCCUACAGCAUGCUGAAGAAACAAGGUAUUGUAAAGACAGAUCCAAAACUACCAGACACACUCAUCAUGCCUCCUCCCCCGCAAAGAACCACAGAGUCGGUUUUUGAUCAGGAGGAAAAGGCCAAGCUCUUAGCGAGAUUAUUGAAGAGUGGCCGUCCAGAAGACCUGGAAACUGCCAACAGGCUCAUUAAAAGCACCAUCAAAGAGGAGCAGGAAAAGGCUGAGAAAGUGGCAAAGCGUGAGACAACUCUACAGGAGGUGGAAAGCAGCACCAAGCAGCUCAGAGAACUGCUGGAGCAGCACACGGUUACUGGGGCUGCAUUAGAGCCCGGCGAUGAUGUUAAGGAGCUCUACGAACGCUGUGACCGACUGCGGCCCAGCCUGUUCAGGUUGGCCAGCGACACGACGGACGACGAUGCGGCUCUAGCACAAAUCCUGGCAGCAAACGAUGAGCUGACGCUGACAGUGAAGGCCUAUAAAGACCUGGUGGCAAAGGGAACAUGUAACCUGGGAAGAUCAAGAAGUAAAAGCGAAGAAGUAACAAGCAAAAAUAUGUAUCCGACUAACCGCCGAGAGAUUAAGAGCUACCACCUCAUCGAUCUGUCAGCUCUCGACUCGCCAGAGAUCCAAAGGAAAGCCGAUUUGCCACCUUCAUUUGAAUCUUCUUCACCCGUCUUCUCUUCUUGUUUGGAGAGCACCUUUUUUGCAGCACCAGAGCCGGACUUUGAGUUUGAUGAUUUAGUCACAAAACAAAUCCAGCAGAAUCCAAAGUCAUAUUACGAGGAACUAAUGCAGAUUGACAAAGGCUGUCAGAUGACUAACGGUCACCAGAAUGGAGGGAGAGAAAUUUUACUGACGGCCCGCGGAUGUGGAGAAAGCAAAAAUUCACCAGAUGUCUGGUCACACUCUCCAACUAAGCAGGUCCCAGGAUCAGGGUCACAUAAACAACCAAAUAAAGACUCCGGGUCCUCGUUGAUACUGCAGGAGACAGGCCACCCCCCUCCGUCGCUGAAGAACAUCUUUGUUCCUCUAGAAACCAUCAGACCCAGUCAGCUGAAGCCAAUCACAUUGUACAACCAGGCUGGAAUCCACGUGUCUCUCCAUUUUGCCCGAGACUGCCCGUCAGGUCAUCCAGGUGUGGCGGUGGCCGUCUUGUCCACAGUCAACACAUCUGCACUCAGUCUGAAGGAUUUCAUGUUUCAAGUCGCUGUUCCCAAGAGCAUGCUGGUGAAACUUCAGCCAGCCUCCCGGACAGAGCUUCCUCCUUACAACCCUCUACUUCCUCCACCUGCAGUCUCACAAGUUCUGCUGUUAGCUAAUCCUGAAAGUCGUAAAGUUAGGCUACGCUACAAGCUGACUCUGACGCACGGAGACCAGCGGCUAAUCGAAACAGGAGAGAUCGACAGCUUUCCUGACUGGACGACUUUGAUGGCGCAAAAAUGAAAAAUUACACAAACUCAAGAAUCGAACUCUGCCAGACCUCAAAUCUGAAGAUUGGAGGCAACGGAAGGAAAAGCUGAGUCAACGAGAAAGAACAAGGCCACAAAACGAGGACGCGGUUCAUGGAGAAAAAAAAGCACAAACAAUGAGCUUCGAACCAUUUAGUGCCACAAUGCUAAAGUGUUAAAGGUACAGUCGGAGGCUUUUGUUAGGUUGUAAGCUCAAAAAGAGCUCUCUCACAGUCAAUUCACUGCUGUCCCAACAUCUGUAUUUUAAGCAUUUUAUAUGUUUGUAAAACCUAAAUUAUCGUUUAAAACAAAUUAUCUGUAGCAUCAGCUGGAAUGCAGUCCGCAGACCCCCAGAGGACGCCACAGAACAGGCAGCCUUGGAUGGUAUUUUGUAGUCUUAUACAUUUGUGAACCUAGUUUAUGUUGUUCUGCAGAUCAACAUUAGACCUCUUUUGAAACAGAUUUUGAAUAAAAUUCUAUUUUUAAAUGAUGGUAAAGACUGUUGAAACGUUAAAAUAAAAUAAAAAACGGUUAAUUGUUUUAUUAUGGGCUCUAUGGGCUUUCAUUCAGCUGUGAAUUGUUCUCCUACUACUGUCAUUGUUGCAUUUGUUGGCAUGUUGUUUUAAUAAAGUAUACUUAAAUGUUACUAUUUACAUGUGUUCUCAUUAAGGCUUUUCCUUUCACCUACUUUAAGAACAAAAAAAAGUUUCUUUAUGCUGGAAUUAUUGUUGCAAUGCAUAAUUAUGGGAAAACCUGAUGUUUCAUAAUGGAGUGAAUGUAUGUCACUUUUCCUUUUUAGACUUCAUUAAAAACAUUUUUAAAA